UUUCUGGUUUCCCCAAGGACAUCAAUAAACUAUCUUCUUAUGAACCUCGCCAUAGCAGACAUGACUGUGGCCACAUUUUUAGCGCCUCGAUAUAUUUUUAUCCACACCUUCAUUCACCCGGAUGGGGUUGCUGGGAAUAUUCUCUGCCGGCUACUAACAGGAGGAAACUUCGCCUGGGUUGGAGCUGGCGCAUCAGUAUUUACCCUUGUCACCACAGCAACUGAACGCUAUUUUGCUGUGAUGUAUCCUUUUGAAAACAAAGGAAAGCUUAGCAGUCGUAAACUUAAGGUGAGGAAAUACAAUGUGAUUAAAGGCUAGUGAUUUUAUUUCAAUUUAAUUUUUACACUCUCACAAAAAUAUCAAUACCGGAGGGAAUUUUGCCUGGAUUGGAGGUGGCACAUUUUGACACUUGUUGCCGUAGCAACUGAACGCUACUUUGCUGUACUUCAUCCCUUUGAUAAAAAGGGGAAGUUUAGUGCUCGUAGAAUAAAGGUAUGCUCAUCUCUUUUGUAUUGAUUUGCGUGUACACCAUUUUAUUAAAGCAAAUGAACUCUUUCUUCUGGAGUUAGCGUAAGUGGUUCAUUGACUUUGUCUACAGCUAAUAGCGGAGCUCUCUCGUGCGCGAGGCGCGCGCCUGUGGAGCACAAUGGGUAAGAAAAUUUGGUAAACUAUUUAUCCAACAAAAUUUGGUCAUGAUGUAGCGUACGCCCACCUGUAAACACAAUUCACGUAAGCUGAUGUCAAAUGUCGCAUUACAUCUUGGCGAAAUUAACACUUUUAAGCCAUCCGUAUGAGGAUGAAUUGACAGCUGUGAGAUAAAGAACCAGCCGUUUUUUCCCUACAUGUAAGCUGAUACAAUAUGACACACCAACAUGAAAAUGAAAAUGAAAUGAAACUUCCUUUUCACCGGCCAGGGCUGUCAGUUGGCUACCAGUAGUUUAAAGUUAUAUGCGCUAGUCAAAUUAUGGUCAAAUGUCAGCUGUCAAAACUGAACAUGUAAAGACCACUAUCAGAUCACUAACAACGCGGGCUCACAUAAACGAUCUGACAUUUCGCCCCAUUAAUCCUCCAUUACAACUCAGAGUGAAAAAUGUCUUACUCACACUCGCAGUUAACAGUCCGUUUAUUCGAAAAUUCACCAAUCUAACGAAGGUCAAUUGGCAGCUGUCAAACUAGAGCAUCCGCUGACCAUCAUUACCUGACCGUAUCGCGGGCUCAGGUAUGGGCCCCCUGAGUUGAAGUUAUCUGCUGACAAGUUACUCUUUUCAAAUGAUUGCAGGCUCAAGUUUAAUCUUUUUAGCGCAUAGGAAAUAGGAAGUUGUGUUUAUGAGCCGCACUAUUAAACUUUAAAUUUCAAACUGACCUUGAACGCGAGAAUUCAGCCAGCUUUUACAGACAGGGAAGUUGCUUUUGACCUUUCUCACCAUGGUCACGCGUUGGUCACGCUCUACGUCUAAUUUUUAUGUUCUGAUUAGUCAAAAGUUGACAGGUGAGUUCAUGCGGAAAAUUUAUGCAGCAUCUUGAAACUUGAUUACUGAUAGCUGAAACUGACAGAGUUUUGUGUAACGUUGUGAAUCAGUGGUCGGUUCUGGCAAUUCUACUUUUUGCAAAAAACGCGGAUAACGAAAAUAAAAAAUGCCUAAAAAAGUCAAAGUCGAAAAGAGUCGACUUUUUCCCGGCCCCUUUCUUUGUUUGGUAUUUUUGGCGGGAUGCACUCGACUGACAGCUGUUAAAAAAUGGCGGGAAAUUUUGGGCAAUCGUGGCAUUAAUUUACUAGCGUUUAUAUCUAGUUGCACACUUUGUGUUCCGGCAAUGUUUCAAGAUGUCGGAUCUUUACUUCAAAAUUUAGAUGGACAAGAAAUAAAAAAGGGGUAAAACUUAAGUCUUCAACUCUAAACAAAGGUCAUCUGGUAAUUUAUGUUCGAUCUAAACCAGUGGAUCCACGAACAUUUCCUUCGAAGAAGAGGAGAUAAUUCCACCAUCAGAUACUGGCUUUUAGCAGGUCGAGAACGUUGAGAAGACGUACCAGAGGACGGCGACAAGAACAAAUUUCAACCCUCCGCCUGGGCAAAGUGCGCUGGCCGUACUAAAACGACCAACCUUCACCACCACCAAGAAGGGUCAAGUGGCGUAGAGGAAACCGCUUGUAGUGGUGGACAUGUUGCCGUCUGGCGAAAACAGAGAAAAGUUCCAGGUGUACCUGUCGCUGACCGAGGAAACGUCGUCGAUCGAUAAAGUACAGAGGCUACUAAAACAACAAUUAGGAUUUGAAGUGAUUCUUCUGGAUGCAAAUACUUCAUCGACCGACGAAGUUUCUUCGGUCAGCGACAAGGUGCAUCUGGAACUUUUCUCCAAUUUCGCCAGACGGCGACACGUCCACCAUAUGAGCGAUUUCUAGUGGUGGUAAAGGUCGGUCGUUUUUGCAUGGCCACCGCACUCUGCAGUCAAGGCGGGGGGUUGAGAUUUGUUUGUGUGGCCGUCCUUUGGUAGGAAAGAGGUACCCCAAACCCUGUAGACUGUACUGCGGGCACUACUGAGCUAACUGAGUUGGCAGUCAUUCGUUCUCCGUUGACUGAGUACGUCUUCUCAAAGUCCUCGACGUGCUAAAAGCCAGUAUCGGAGAAUUUUCUCCCCUUCUUUAAAGGAAAUGUUCGUAGACCUCCUGGUUUAGGACGAGCCUAAAUACCAUGGCCAGAGUACCGUUGUUUAGAGUUAAAGACUUAAGUUUUACCCCUUUCUUUAUUUCUCGCCCAUCUUAAUCUUGACGUAAACGUCCGACAUGUACAUCUUCAAACAUUGCCGGAACACAAAGUGCGCCUACAUAUGAACAAUUGUAAAUUACAGCGGUUACAACUAACACGCGUCCUUGAAGGGUUUUCUCUGUCUGUUUAAACCUGAGUUUUCGUGGACGUCAAUCAACUGUUUCCAUGGUUUUCCACGCGCUCUGACAGCGAAGGUUCCCUCAUCGUUGAAUGAAGGGCGAAUAAUUUGGAACGACCACGGCUUUUGAAAUUAUUUUAUUAAGAUGAAGGAUUACAUUAUUUUGAAACAACGAGGUCUCUGUGAGCUGAGUGAAAUAGCCAAAACAUUAAUUCUCUAUAGUUUACGUAACGGUUUUCAGGUUGCUUAUUUAUUUGAUCGUAUGAAAACACGGGAGCCGUGGACGACUGAAUUGCUAAGAAGCUAGUAUAAGUUCAUAGAAACAAAAGAUAUCUCACCGAAAAGGGAAAAAGUUUCCUCUGAAUGGAGGCUGUUUUCGAAAAUGAAUUUUACUACUUAUCAUUCUUUAUGUUAUCGAAUAGAAACCAGAACUAGCAAGAACUCAGACGAGUUGCUUGUCACUUACAGUGUGUAAAUAUGUCGAUAAUUUGAGUUUCCUCCGAAAAACACUCAACAAAUUCUUUCUCCUCGUAAUCUUGACAUAAAGCGGUGUCAGAUUCUGCCGCAAAAUAUUGCAAAGACUGCUGAAAAGCCGACAUAUUCUUCCGAGUGCUCAAGAAACGGAGAAAGAAUCUUCUCUAGGCCAACGAGUGAAAAACCAUGGUAACGGUCGAUUGACGUCCACCAAAACGCAGGUUUGAACCCAAGAAAAAACCCUUUGAGGGCGAGUGUUAGUGGUAACCGCUGUAGCGUUACAAUUCACUGCUCACAAUCAACUGUCAUUUUUGACAGUUGUCAGUUGAGAGGACUGAAGAUUGGGAUUCCCGCCUUUAUUUGACAACUGUCCGCCCAAAAAGACCAAAUAAAGAAAGAGGAAAAAGGUCGACUUUUUUUUUUACUUUGAAGAAAAAGGCAAAAAGUUGAAAAAAACUCGAGAAAUGUCUCUUUCCAGCUUUUUUUGCGAUUCGUGAGAUAUAAAUAUUACUCAAGAAAGUUGCAUCACUUUACAUGACUUUAUAUCGAAGACAAAUCCUAAAAAUAUCCGGCUUUUCGUGAGAAAAGGGGGCACUUUUCUCAAGUUUCCAUAAUGGCGACUGAAAGUUGAAAAAGGGUUUCCUUUUUUCAGUGUUGAGUAUUGAAUACAAAUAAAGAUCUUGAUUUUUAGGCGUUUUUCAUUUUCUGAAUCCGCGUUUUUUGCAAAAAGUAGAAUUGCAGGAACCGACCACUGAUUGUUGUGAAGCUUUGAACUGUCCUUUUCCAGUGGAUGCACAAAAUGAAAUACAGCUGCUAGCAACAUUCUUAAGUUAUUCAUGGCUGGUUUGUUUGUUUGUUUUUUGGGUUAAGAAAUGCACCGCUUGUCAAAGUCAUCGGAAAUCCGAUUUCGGAUGGAUCGCUUUUACUCACUUCCCCUUGCUUAAAUCGUAUUAUAAAAAGAGUUCAAAAAAGUCUCAAGCGAUUCUGAUGGCCUUCAGUAGCUGCAUCUUGACUGGUAAGCCUGAGUUAUUAAUUGUAUUUUACGUUUUUUUUUUCUGGUUUCUUAAAGUCGAGCGUAGUUUCUGCGCCAAGUUUAUGUACAAGACAAUGAUGUGACCUAAAGUAGCAUCAGGUUUGAGGUAAGCUUAUAGAUUUUUAAAAAGUCUUAACAUUUUCUGACCACAAAAUUAUACAAAGAAAUCGUUCCGAAGAAUACAAUGUAUUUAGUUAUGAUUUUGGCUGUAAAAAGAAAGCUGUGAGCGAUAUUCCUGCCUCGCGGCUCACCUUGAUAGACCUUGAAGUAAACACCGGGAAGCCGGCUUAAAUCUGUAAGGUUUUUGAAGUCUAUGAGCUUAUACUUACCUGACUCAUGAUUUUCAGAGACACUUACUCUCAAAACUUAUCUUCGUGAAUGAAAAUUGUUGUCUCCGUACAUGUUUCACCAAGUUAUAUUUAUUUUACUGAUUGUUAGUAGUCUCUUUCUCAAUUUAAUCGCUGCGCAGGUUGUUUUCAGUCGAACAUAAAACAAAACACUGCACGCAGGACUACUCAAAAUGCCGCGCGUAAAUAUCACAUAACAAAACCAUAAAGGGAAUAAAACCUAAACAUAAUAAGAUCUCUAUCAUGUUGAAGCUUAACUCUGUUAAUAAUCUUUCAAACGGCUCUGACAACUCGGACUGCAAAUUUGGUGCUUGACAAAAGUGAGAACCCAUCCGGCUGGCCAUAUAAGUGAUUUUGGGAAUUUUUUUAUCGUUUUCACUAAAUUUCACUUAAUUAUUACCCUGCAUAUCACAUAGGAGCAGAUUUUUCCGAUAAAACAGUCCCGGUAUUAUGGAAAAUUCUCUUCAUGAAAACGUUUUAUAAUGUGGUCAAUUCUAUAAUCUUUUGCUCAAAGUAUAAAGGAAGCGCGUGCUUCGAUCGUCGUGGAUAUUGAAUGAGCGCAAUUUGUCCUGCAAAAUUGUGAAAAACUGCGGAAUUAUAGGUUUAAAUAGGGCAAGGGAGAACAAAUCCUGUUCGAGGUCUGUAUGAUAUAAAACAAGCACACAGGCAUAGUACUGUUUUCCUCAGACCUUCGGGUUAAUUAUGUACAAAAAACACUGAUAAAAAUUAUAUUUCAAAUACUAUUUUACACACCACCAGAUUUGUCGCCAAGAUUUACUUGUAAAGUAAACCUGUAGAACACAAAUCUUUUUCGAAACACAAAAAGACCGGCCUGUUUUAUUAUUAUUAUUAUUAUUUUGGCCUUCCUUUUAGACAGAUGAAUGCAACGUGUAAAUUAGUUGCAACUGAGGACGAUAGUGUCUUGCAUAAAAUUAUGUUUCGGAGAUCUCUCCAACGGAGUGGUUGGAGAGACUAUGAAUGAACCUUAUAAAAAUAAAGGCAGUGAAGGUGGGUGACUGGGUUUAACUUCUUUUGUUUGGGAAGAAUUUGUUUUCUAGGCCUAAUUUACUGUCAAAUCGAAUAAGAUUGCUAUUUUUUGGUGUACAUAUAAAACUGUUAACUCGAUGUAAAAUUUGUGUCACUCUUGAACUGUCAAAUUAUUCUUCUCUAAGGAAUUACUUUCCCUCAAAAGUCUCAUGAAUGUACCUUAAAGUUAACUGAUUAAUGUUUAUUGCUUUAUUAAAAUUAUUAAUUUAUUAACGUGAGCUUCGCUUUUAGCCCUGGCUAAAUCUACAUAUUAUCUUUUGCGUCAUCAUGGCACACGGCCUUGAUGAACUAAAGCACUAUUUACACAACGAUAAAAAGUUAGUUUUCAUAACAUUUAGAAGUUACUCUUAGUAUCGUGACUAGCAGAUAUACUCUGACAGCGAAGUAGAAUGAAGAUUGAAGUACUUUCACUGCAUAAUAAUUCACGUGAUUACGCGAGGUACGAACCCAUUUCCUGGCCGAUGGAAAGCCCCUGGUAAAAAUUGUGCGCAUCAGCAAAAACGUAGUGUAGAAAACACAGAAAAGUUAGAUGAAACGCGAAAUUGGAAAGUUGGUGUUACCGGGUAUUGGUGUUACCGGGCAUUGCAAAGCAAAGGAACGCGUGGCUGGUGCAAACCCUACCUUGGGGAAGCAGAAGUGCCAAUUAACAUUUGUAAACUUUUGGUUUUGUUUCACUCAUUUGCUAGUUGGUCUGGAACAGCAUGUCAUGAAACAUUACAAUUUUGUAUACAUAUUUCAGAUGACCAUUGCUUGCUCUUGGAUCUUUGGGAUCGUCAUCACUUUUCCAAUGUUCCUCUCAAGGAACUUUGACAAGGAAAAUGAUUGGUGCGUUUAUACUUGGUCUGAAGAAUGGAUGGGUAAAACCUAUAGCAUGGUUUGGUUUCUGUUUACAGGAUUUUUCCCCGUUACGUUCAUGAUCGCUCUAUACUCCCAAGUCGUGUACACUUUGUGGUUCACACGUUCAAAGCCAAGAGGAAGUCAUCAUUGUGUGCGACAGGUUCGAAACUAAAUUAAAAACAAAAUGCUAUAUACCAAUUUAUUCAUGCAGGAAAAAGUUCUCUUUUUGGCCAUGCAGAAAUUUCUUUGUUAAUCAAUUUUGUUCGGUCGAGAGAGCUGGAUAUUCCCUGGACUUGGUACACUUGCAUUUGAGCUGCCAAAAGCCCCGUCUUUAAUCCACACUGUACCAGUUUUCAUUGAUCGCCCAGUCGAAUAGUGCCACUUGACGCAUGUUUAAAGUGAAAUUUUUCGUUUUAUUCAACGUGCUCCUUUGUAAUAGCGCUAUUCUUAAGCGCAAGCCGCGACAAAACCAAUCAUGAUUCUUUAUUUUAUCAUUGUUAUUUAUCUUGUUAUAAUAGCUCCCGAUUUCACAGUGUAAGUUCUGUCGAGAUAAGCAAUGAAGAAAUGCAUGCAUAAAUCGAGAAAUCAUACCUCUAAAACCUCUACACAUUUUUCGCAUAGAUGAGCCAAUCUCCUUGUUAAUGUCAAGUUUCCAGUAAAAUCCUCCACGUUUAGUUAUAUUAGAAUCGAAAUCCACGUAGUUCGUGUCAAAAGCUCGGGGUGGGCAAAUGCCCGACCCCCGGGCCACGCAAAAUUUUAUAAUGCCCCACCCCCGGGACUGUAAAGGUAGGCAAAUGUUCCCCAGGGGCUGGCCGUAGCUGGAUUUGUCUGAUGCAUAAACACACAAAAAAGAACUUGGCCAAUAUCCAACCACCUUGACCUCACCCUUGGUCAAUAACGCAUGUGUGUAGGUUUACGUCACCACCGUAUACUCACCCGCACCCGCCUUUAUUCUGUUCCAAAAAAAAAACAAGUUGAAAUUUUUAAUUUUUGUUUUCAGGGUGUACUGAAAGUACGCAAGCGGGUCACCUUGAUGGUCAUAACAGUCAGUAUCAUUUUUGGAGUAACCUGGCUUGCAGACACGUUUAACUUCGUCCUCCACUUCUAUAAGCCUUCCUUCAAUAAGCUGUCAUUCGCAGCAACUUCCAUUUUCGUCCUGUUCAAUUCUGCUAUCAAUCCUAUUUUGUAUGCUUUGAUAAAUCAGCGAUACAAAGAGAAAAUGAAAGGAAUAUUAAGAUGCAAGUGCCGUCCUGAACCAAACGGGAUU